CAGACACGUCGCUCUUGUACAACAUUUUACUUCUAUCACCGACUUACAACAACACACGAUCACUUGACGCAAAGGCAAGCAGCGUCCUACACACUCUCUAUUCCCCCAGCAACCUGCUUCACUCCCAUCACCAACUCCCAGCUCAUGACAGUCCAGCCACAACCAAGACACCAACCACUUGAGAGUGGUCAAGCCGGCGCCGCCGCCACAAACUCGUCGCUCGGCCUCGUCUUUGCAGACAACUUGUCCCAGUCUCCAGACCACGAUUUUCCAGAAGAUGACAUUGACCUCAUAGCGUCGCCACUGACACUGCCUAAUGGUGUCGUCAUCCGAAACCGCUUGGUCAAAGCGGCCAUGGAGGAGGGGAUCACGGGUGGACUUCCGGGCAAGCGACACCGGAGGCUAUACCGGCGCUGGGGAGCUGGUGGCUGGGGAGUAGUCAUCACCGGUAAUGUAGCUGUGGACUCGACGCAGCUGGCGACCGCACACGACCUGCGCGUGUACGACAACCCGCACACGGUCCCCCUGUUCACCGAGCUCAACGACGCGUUGCUGGCCGAUGCGCCCGAGGAGGGCCGGCCCCUGACGCUCGUGCAGCUCUCGCACGCGGGCAUCCAGAGCAGUCCCACAUGGGGCCUGUCCAGAGCACCCUGGGAGCCCGCGGUCGCCCCCGUGUCUGCCCGCCCCACGCUUGGGCACGGGGUCAUCGCAUGGCUCUUUGAACACGUCCUCUGGCCCACGAAGAGCCGGGCAGUCACCGAUCUGGCCGAGUGGCUCGACAUUGCCGGUAAAUUCAUCGACGCGGCAGCGGCCAUGGAAGAAGCCGGAUGGGGGGGAGUCCAGCUCCACUCGGCGCACGGAUACCUCUUGGCAAAUUACCUCUCUCCUUUGACAAACCCUCACCCUCAUGCUUUGCCAGGGGUUCCGCACUAUAUCCCUCUCCGUCUUCAUCUCCUGUGGCUCAUCCUGACCGGCAUUGCCGCCGCCACGGAGCCGACCUUUGUCAAGGCGGUCAAGAUCAACUCGUCAGAUUUCGUCGCCGGGGGUAUGGACGAGCACCAAGCGGCUGAUAUCAUCCGCGAGAUUGCUGCGUGGCAGCUGGUGGAUAUCCUCGAGGUGUCUGGAGGGAAUUACUCCAACCCAGCAUUCGCAGACAUGGCACAAACGGGCUCGGCGCGCCAAUCGCUUUUUGCGCACUUCACGACCGAGCUGAUCCCCACGCUUCCCCCAGCGCCAGAGGGCCCAGCCAUCCUCCUCACGGGCGGGAUGCACGACCGCGGGCUGAUCAGCUCGUCGCUGCGGAACCGGGCAUGCGAUCUCGCGGGCAUUGCUCGCCCCUCGGCCCUCGUGCCCGACCUGCCGUCGCGCGUGAUUCUCAACCGCGAGAUUGACGGACCCAAGGCCAAACUCGGGCCGUGGGCCAUCCCCCAAGGCCCGCUGGUCCAGCGCCUUCUCGGUGGCGGGGAGGCCAAGGCUGCGCCCAAGCCUGGUGCCGUCAAGCUCGUCGGUGCGGGCGUCACUACUACAUGGCACGAGUGGCAGAUGGUGCGGAUCGGCCUCGGCGUCGAGCCCGAUCCCAAGCUGCCGUGGAUCUCGGGUGCGCUGACUUACACGCUGUGGUACGACAUUCUCGGCGGUGGUCCCCGGGGCUGGAUCGCGCGGUACUGCGGCUGGGACGACUAGGCGGGGCGAGGGCGGCGUCGUCGACUAGACAGUAGAUGGGACGUGUCUGCCCAUAGGCACAUGUAUUACUACAAGG